AUGGCUCCGGUUCUGGAUAUAGCGGGAAAAGUCCACUAUCAACAAAGGACAGAUGAGGGGGAAGAAGGAAUGUGGGUCAGAAAGAGCGAUAUGACUGACAGAAGGGGAGAAGUGAACGUACUUUUAAAAGCUGCAAGAGCGCUAGAAAAAGGAGUGUUUGAACUGAGUAGAAUUGAUGGAGAGACGGGGAACAGAUGCGGAACAGAAGGAGGAGGGAGUAUUGACGGAGACAGUGAGAGUGAGAAGGAAGAGAGAAUGAGCCUAACUGGAGGAAACAUAAGGGGUGGUCUAGCCCAGGGGGAGUGGCAACGAAACGGGGAUGCUGUAGAAGGGGAAAGGAGAGAGAGACUUGAGAGACAGAGAGAUGAAGAACGACUGGAAGAGUUGAAGAUGAUAAAAGAGGAAGUACGACACCAGGAAGCACAAUUGAAAAAGUUAAAAAUGGAGCUCGAAGCGAACAAGAACGGAAGUGAAAGUGAACGCUCACCAGUAAGGGGACAUUGUAUUGAUCUCAGAGACGGGGAAGAGAGUGAGGAGGAAAGAGGGAAACAACAAAAACUCAUAUGUGGAGCUUUUGAUGGAGACAUAUGGGACAAUAAUGGUGGACCCGCAUACCAUACCCGAGCCAGGGCCCAUUCCAGAGAAGGACACAAAGGGGGGCAGUACCCGUUGAGGGAGACCCCAGGGGGGGUCUCAGUUUAUAAGCCAUGGUCCCACAUAGACAUACAGACACUGGUGGACAGUCUCCCCCAACCUGAAGAAUCUGGACACAGAUGGGUGAAGUCUUUUGAGAGUCUCACAGCAGCGGAUGAACUCACCAUAGGUGAUAUGGUUACUGUAAUGAACAGGUGUAUGGGAGACCAGGAAUGCAGAGAGAUAAUGACCUCUGGGGGACUGAGAGGGCAAGUGGGUUCGGCUACAAGAUUUGACACCCACCGCAGUGACAUAUGGGAUGUCAUAAGGAGGAAGUAUCCUACCCAGGCCAGACCCGAACUGAUGAGAACACUGAUAUUGAAUGACGAUGAAACCAUACCUGCAUAUAUGAAGAGGGCUAAGUGCCUCUGGAGGCAAGCAUGGAAUGAAGAACCAGGAAAAGACACCAUGAAACACCUCUUCCUGACAAACUGCUUGGGGGGACUCCCGGAUCAGGCUCGAGCUGAAUGUGAAAAAGUUGUGGCAAUCACCGCAAAAUCAAUUCCGGAAUUUACCGAGAUAGCACAACACCAUGUGGAACGAUGGAGAGAGGGUAAGCGAAAGGAAGAGGAUGAACUCAAACAACUUCAGAAAAAGGUUCUGAAGAAGCAAUUGACAGAGGACAAGCCAGGAAAACAAAUGGUGGUAACCAGUACCCCAACAUCUAAUCCUACCACUCCUGCACCCGGAAAUGAUACUACUGCUGCAGUUACUGCUGUAAUACAGGCAAUGACGGGAAUGAUGGCACCUUCUGGUCCUCCUGGAUAUGGUGCACCCGCAUACCAGCAAUCCUAUAUACCACCACGACAACAGGGAUACACCCCUAGAUACGCUGAACAAGGGUGUUUUAACUGUGGGAUGCAUGGACACCUGGCAAGACACUGUCAUCUCCCAAGACAGGGACAACAAAGAGGGAGGGGUUACAUGGGACAGUCCAGAAGACAAGUACCGAGAUACCAACAAGGAUGGGGAAACUGGCAAGGAGGAGGAAUGCCAGUCCAGCAGCACCAACCACCACAACAGCAGAACCAAAAACAAGACCCAGCAGUGCCUAACGCUGCCUUCCUGCCCAGCAUGUCAUGGCUGGGUAAUGAACACAAUUACCAAUGAAGCUGCCCAGAAACCCAUAAGGAUCCCGCCACCAACAUUUACACUUUCCCACCAGGUUCAGAGCCGAUAGUGACAUGUUUGAUUGGAGGAAGACAACAUAAUAUGCUGAUUGAUACAGGAUGUACAUGGUCUUCUGUACAAGCAACAUAUCAACUCACUACAAAAACACAAGCUUUCUCUGGGGUUUCUGGGGCUAUUAUGAGAAAGCCAUACACAGUUCCAUUGGAGGUUGUAUGGGAUGACCAACAGGUUACCCAUCAGUUUCUAUACAACCCGGAAUGCUCAAUGGGGCUCAUGGGGAGGGACCUGCUUUCCAAACUGGGAUGUAGUAUCUAUUGUAACCAGGAGGGUUUACAUGCAUCCAUCACGCCCAUAGAUGAUCUCAUGCCAGUAAUCAUGAAAAAACUCUCCGACCCCCCUCACAUGCUAUAUGUGGGAACACACCUAACUGAGGAUGAGGAGGAAGCAUAUGUUUACUGGCUGAAGCUCAUGGAUACUGACCCUGAUGCUCCCCGAGUAUGCAGAGAGUUCCAACUAUGGAAGUCCUGGAUACAGACCUUAAAUGCAUACUAUCCACCUGAGGACCCUCCGCACAUGACAAUGAACUAUACCAGGGACUUGGAUGAAGCAUAUGAUGAAGCCUGGGAGGAGGAAAUGGACGAUAGGCGCCCGAUUGUGACCAGCAAUCAUAUGUACAUACUCAAAGAAGGGGUGGCUACCAGCUGCAUGGUCAUGGAUGGAGACGUGGUGCUCACAGACAAAUGGUUUGCUCUUCCUAAUGAUUCUGUGCCGCAUGUUACCCUUCUCGUGGGAUUUGGAUAUGAGGCAAGAUCUCUGGGACCAGCGGUAAAGGCAGCAAGUUGCCUACGGUGGAACAAAACCUCUUGUUACAAAGUGGAAAGCGCAUUCCUUGAGGGAAAUCAAGUAUGGAGAAUUAAACUCAAUGUGGAUGAUGUGUCGAAACCAGAGGUUGUGAGGAGAUCACGUUACCAUGGCAGGGAGAUGACUGAUCAUCCGGAUACUCCUAACAUUUUCAAUCAACUACCAGAGGAACUGUGGACAACAAGUGCUGAAGAUGUGGGGCUGGUUGAUGUAGAACCAGUGGUUGUCUCCAUUCGAAAAGAAAGUGAACACACUAUCCCAGUUCACAAAUCUCAAUACCCUCUCAGUGAAGAGAAGACGAGAGGUAUUGAGCCUACGAUAUCAGGACUCCAAAAAGGACAGGUUAUAUAUCCAACAUGUUCUGUGUGGAAUACACCCAUCCUUCCAGUAAAGAAAGGUGACACUGGGAAAUGGAGGAUGGUGCAGGACUUCAGACCAAUCAACGAGGUGACUGUACCAGAUGUUCGACCUGUACCAGACCCAUAUCUGGCCUUACAGAAUAUUUCACCCACCCAAGAUUGGUUUACAGUAGUGGAUCUCGCCAAUGCAUUUUUCUGCAUCCCAUUACAUCCAGAGUCCCAACCACUUUUUACAUUUACCUAUAGAGGGCAGCAAUUUACGUAUUCCCGACUUCCACAAGGCUACCGUGAUUCCCCGGGAAUCUUCAACGCUAUCCUGAAGAGCCACUUGGAAGAACUAACAUUACCUGAGGGGGUGACACUACUCCAAUACGUUGAUGAUCUUCUGUUGGCAGCACCCACUGCUGAGUCUUGUUUGCAGGCCACCAAGUCCCUUCUCCUAUUGGUGGCCAAAAAGGGAUACAAGGUAAAGAAAGAGAAAGUGCAGUGCUGUCGGAGAAGUGUCCAGUUCCUGGGAAGAGUGCUGUCAGGGAAGGGACAAGCUGUGUCGGUGGCUCAGAGAACCUCCAUCUUGGAACAUCCCAAACCUACUACUGUACAACACCUUUUGUCAUUUCUUGGCCUUACUGGAUAUAGCAGAACGCACGUGCCAGAAUACUGUCUUAAAGUGGAACCACUGCGGGCAAUCUUGAGGGAAGCAGGAAACAGAAACCUCACAGCAGUCCUUAAGUGGACACCAGAAGCAGAGGCAGCUUUAAUCCAACUCAAACAGACGCUGGCACAGGCUGAAGCACUGUCCUUACCCGAUUACACCACGCCAUUCUGUUUGGAUGUUUCUGAGCAGGAUGGUUAUGUACAUUCCAUCCUGUAUCAGAAACAAAAGGGGGAAAGAAGAGUGUUACACUACUAUAGCGCGAAACUGGACAACAUUGAAACAGGACAGACUGACUGUGCCAGACACAUGGCUGCCAUUGCAAAAGCUAUAGGUAAAACAGCCCACAUUGUGAUGAGACAUCCACUUGAAAUCAAUACAGAUCAUGGGGUGACCGCUUUUAUAGGCUCCAAACUUUUCACACUGUCCAGUAAAAGAAAAUCCAGCAUAACAAAGGCCAUCACUGCAAAACACAUUACAUAUGUGACAACAGCAACCAAUAUGACCGAUGGUAUGGGUCUUGGAGAACCACAUGUCUGUGAGGAUAGAGCAGCCAAACAGAUCAAAGUCCGAAUGGACUUGCAAAACUCACCCUUGGAGGGGAACAAAAUCACCCUGUUCACUGAUGGAUGCUGCUACAGGUCAAAGGACCCAAAGGAAGGAAACACUGCUGCCUAUGCUGUGGUGAAACAAGACACAGAAGGAGGACAUGAAGUAAUGGAAGCAGAGAAACUUGGUCCCAAUGAAGCCUCAGCACAGCUAGCUGAACUUAGGGCGUUGAGGAGAGCUCUACAACUAAGUGAAGGAAAGAAUGUGGACAUCUACACGGACUCUGCCUAUGCACAUGGGAUUGCACACAUUGAUGGACCACAGUGGAUGAGGAGAGGAUUUGUGACCAGCUCAAAUGAGCCCAUCAAACACAAGAUUGAAGUACAGAAGUUAAUUGAUGCAAUCCAGCUUCCCAAACGACUGGCAAUAAUGAAGUGCAAAGGUCACAGCAGAGAAAGCACCAGAGUGCGGGAAGGAAAUGAUCGGGCUGAUCAAGCAGCAAAAGAUGCAGGAGGAUACAAUGCCCAGCAGAUGGUGCAACGAGCCACUCAAGGACAGGAGGAGCUGACGACAGACACAGUAAGACAGUUGCAAGAAGCAGCAGGCGCCUACGAACAGAACGUAUGGAGCAGACAGGGAGCAAGGCAAGACCAUCAUGGGAUUUGGAGAUCUCACACAGGAAAAACAGUGGGACCUGCAAAACUCCUCAGAUCAAUUUUAAGGGAAGAGCAUGAGAAGGCUCAUGGAGGAUGGAAAAGGGUUGCAAAAUCAGUUGAGAAAGCAUGGUGGCAUCCACAUAUGUUGGACAUGGCAAGAGAGACAUCAGAGAGCUGUGAAGUGUGCAAACAAUACAACAACAAAGUGUCACUUGGAGCAGUGAUAGGCAGCUUCCCAAUACCUGAUGCACCAUUUCAAGACAUAUGCAUAGAUUUCACGGACAUGGGACAGGACAACAAAGUGGAAGGAAAAAGGUACCUGUUAGUAAUGGUGGACAGAUUCACCAGAUGGGUGGAAGCCAUCCCCACAGCAAGAGAAGACGCAAAGGCCGUAAUAAAGUGGCUGAGGCGAGACCUCAUUCCAAGGUUCGGGGUCCCGCGAAUGGUCCGUUCUGACAACGGUACCCAUUUCAAGAAUAAACACCUAAGGGAGGUAGAGCAGGCCCUAGGAAUCACCCACAAGUUUGGGUCAGUAUACCACCCCCAAUCGCAGGGACUCGUAGAAAGAGCUAACCAAACGCUGAAACGAAAAAUGGCCAAAAUCAUGGCCGGAACUAAACUGAAAUGGGUAGAUGCCCUACCCCUCGCUCUAAUGUCAAUGAGAAAUUCACCUGGGUCUGAUACCCACUUGACUCCACAUGAGCUAAUGACAGGACGCAGAAUGCCAGGGCCACCAGCAGAUAAUCUUAGUAUGCCUAGGCUAGAUAUUGCAAAAAUCAGAUAUACAGACUACAUGCAGGCACUAAUUUCUCUUGUUGAAAGAUUGUCUAAACAGGUGGUGGAAGUGCGCACUCCUGCUGUUGAAACCACAGACGACAACAGAGACAUCCUGGUGGGAGAUUGGGUGAGAGUGAAGGUGCAUUCCAGGAAGUGGACGGAGCCAAGGUGGGAAGGGCCUUUUCAGGUGAAAGAGGUAUCAAGUCACUCGCUGAGGGUAAACACGAGUAAGAAGGACGUAUGGUACCACAGAACACAUUGUGCCAAAGAUAUAGUUCCAGGAAGAACUCUAGAUCAAGUACAACAGGACUUGGCUGCAGACGGGGAGGAUGUUAUGGUUAUUAGCGGGGCUGGCCCUAUGGGGAACAGUGACAUCCAGUCAGUAUCAUAA